AUGUUCGGCUUGCGAAGUUUGUCCGCUCCUGUCCUCUUGAUCAUUGCUAUUUCCACCACCGAGAUUGGAGCAAGACGUUCAAGCCAGCCUUGGGUGAAUGAUCCCACUUGUGGAAUCGCCAACGAUUGGGGUAAUGCCCAUGGUGGUCCCUACCGUGUGGGCAAUGGCCACCCGAGUUAUCCACACCAAUUUCCGUGGGUGGGACACCUAAGAAGUGGCCAAAGUUUUUGCACUUGUUCCCUUAUUGCGGAACGUUGGGCGCUCACAGCAGCUCAUUGCGUAGAAGACGUUCCGAUCCAAGAUAUCAUUGCGUCUUUUGGAGUCCAUUCUCUUGAUGGACUUGACGACCCUUCUGUCCAAAAAUUGGGCGUCCAGAGGGUUCACUUAUCAUCAAUUGGGGAUAUUGCUCUUCUUCAUCUCGACAAGAGAGCCAAGUUUAAUAGCAAAGUGAGACCUGCUUGUCUGCCUUUGGAAGUUGGCGAUAUCACAGGUAAAACCGCCUACAUGAAGGGCUUUGGCAGAACAGAGGAGUUUAUUCUUCCGUCUGAACUGAUGCUCUCGCAGCGCGGCAAAAUUGCGUCCGAGGACGUUUGCGCCCAAGAACUUGGUCCCAUGUUUGGGAAGCGACUGAUUUGCACCGUUUUGAAUGACCCCAUGGACCCUUUUGUGGGUAAAGGAGAUUCGGGUGGUCCCUUAGAUGUGCUAAUGGCCGAUGGGAAAUACUAUCAAGUGGGCGUAACAUCUUUUCACAUGAUUGCUUCGCUCACAAGCGGCUUCGUGGAUGUGCGUCAAUACCUCCCUUGGAUUUUGACCUGGAUUGACUCGAACACAAACUCUGAUGGCGAAGGCCUCGGCCCCAAUCCAAUCCACCAAUUCUAGCUUGACGGGUAGGGGGAGUAAGUAUUUUCAAACUGCCCAGUUUGUUCGUAGCAAACCGACCACGACACGUUGCACUCGAACCAAUACAAGUGUGGUUUCAAAUUGGUCCAUAUGAAACAGUCAUUUGAAAAAUAAAAGGCUGCUAAAACUCCAUGUUUGCAUCAGCAUGUAGAGGACUGCCAGUCGUUUUUGAAUCGCAUCAAGCGCUCAGUUUUGUUCGGAGUGGCCUCUGAGUCCUUUAUAAUCGUGACAAUGUCCACCCGUUUGAUAAAGAAGUGUUUAGCAUGUCUGGCUUGCAUAAUCAUUGGAUUUGUCAUCAAUAUGGUCUUAUUUGGGAGUGAAAUCAAAAAUCUUGAGGGUAAGACGACCAUUCCAUGGAAAAAGGAUGAUCCAAUCGUACCUGCUUUGGAAAAACAACAAUUGGAAGGCCACGGGGAUGACAUUUCGCCAUUAGUUCAGGUGAAUGAAAAAAGCAUUAGCCCUUGUUCGAAAUCAAAGCAGCCAGAAUUAUUCGUGAUUAAGACUCCUUUGGCCUCCAAGUCACAAACCCAAACUCUCAGGAGAAUUCUGAGCGAUGCGGAUUUCGAAGAGACACAUAAUAUGACAGACAAUUGGAAGCUCAUGUGGCUACAUCUCAGCCCUCGGGGACACCACGAAUUAUUCGACCAAUUGAAGCCUAAUCAGGUCUUGAAUCGUAUUCCCGGGUUUCCUCACAAAAUUCUGCCAAUUUUAUCAAAAAUGCCCAAUGUUCCCAAUGUCCCCAGUACCUUUGUACUGCCAAAAGAGACAGACCGUUUGGAGGCAUUUAUUAAGAAGAACGAGAAGCUUUUCUACAUCAAAAGAGAAUCCAGUAGGAAAUCCUUUGAGAUUGUGCAAAGAUUAGAUUUAGAAGCAUUUACUGAAGAGUUUCUGGUGCAAGCGUACAUAGACGAUUCAUUUCUCAUCGACGGUCAUCGAUUUGAUAUUGGAGUAUACGUUCUGAUUACAUCCAUUAAGCCCUUCCGAGCCUACAUGUAUGACAAGGAUAUCAAUUUGCGCUUCUGUCCCAAGAAAUAUCAGAACGGUUUUCCAAGUGAUCCACAAACAUAUGUGGUGGAAUCUCCAAGGCAAACUUGGCUUCGGAAGCUUUCUCUUCCAACCAUUGACAAAUUAAGAAAUCAUCUUGGCGCUAACUCCUUGAGAGCUUUGAGAUAUAUUUUGAACUCUGCCAACAUUAAAGACUAUGAUCUGUGGAACAACAUCAAUCAAACCGUUUACGAGGUGCUGACCAAUAUUCAACAAUCGCUCCUUCAAACCCUCCGGCCGGCAGAAACCAGGGGCAGAGCCUUCGAGUUGGUGCGCUUUGACUUCUUGAUUCGUAAAAAUGGCGAUAUUGCCCUCAUGGAAAUGAAUCGGAGUCCUUUUUUGGGCGAACAGCAUAACCCUGUAACGAAGCUUCUUCACAAGCAGAUCCUAAUUUCAACUCUAAACAUCAUGGGCGUUCUCUCCAAAACAUAUGAGCAACAGUUUUCCCAUACGGAUCGAAGUGUGUUUCUCCCUCAUUGUAUGUCCCCUGUUUGCUCAAGAGGAGCUAUCUCGUUAAAAGAGCCUUUUUGCAGUUUCUGUGAGUUUUCACUGACCCCAGACGUGUCCAAAAUGACCAGUGAAGCAUUUUUAGAGAACCAGAACAAGCUGGGCUUCCGCCGAUUGAUACCAUCUCCUCCUGGUUCGAUUGACGAGGCGGGGCAGAUUUUACGGAGCCUCAAGUUGGAUCGAAAGGAAAGUAUGGCAGACCACAAGAUGGCCAUUUGGUACCUUGGCAAGUGCUUCCAAGACGAUGAAUGGUGCUAUUGAGAGGAAUGGAUUUGUUGUUUCAUUGUGUCUCAGAUCACGUAUGGCUGUUUCAUUGCUCAGAACAUCCCAUCACAGUUUGACAUUUCUUUCAUGCCUAGGUCAACUCUGAAAAAAUACAUUUACCGCCGAGUACUCA